AUGGCCCACUUAAAACUGGACACGCUGCGCGUGGAGCGUGGUCCUCGCAGCCCCCGCCGGAGCAGUCCGAGCAGUGGAAGGAGCAGCGCCUUCAGCUCCGGUAGCAUCUCCCCGGUGCCCAUCAUCCCGAUCAUUGCGAUCAGCCACGAUGGCGACGAGUCCGAGUCGGAGUCUGAAAUCGAAACGGAGCCGGCGCGUCUCUUUCAGCGUCGCAUGUCCACCAAGUGCUCAAACAAUCUGGCUGCCAUCAUCAAGGAGGGUUUUCUGCUGAAGCACACAUGGUCCUUUCAGCGAUGGCGACGACGCUACUUUCGCCUCAAGCGGAACAUGCUCUUUUACUCCAAGGAUGAGAAGUGCGAUGUUUUCGACGAGAUUGAUCUAUCGGACCUCUGCUAUUUCGAGUGCGGCAUCAAGAACGUAAACCAUAGUUUCCAGAUAAUCACACCCACUCGAUCUUUGGUGCUCUGCGCCGAGUCCCGCCGCGAAAUGGAGGACUGGCUGGGCAGUUUGAAGACGGCCACGGCGCCUCAGCGUCCGCGGGGAGAUAGCUUCCUGAUCGAGCAGCAUGAUAUCCUGUCGAACCACCACCAUUGGUAUGCCACCUCGCACGCCCGCCCCACCUACUGCAACGUGUGCCGCGAUGCCCUCUCCGGCGUCACCUCGCACGGCCUGAGCUGCGAGGUGUGCAAGUGCAAGGUCCACAAGCGGUGCGCGGCCAAGUCCAUUGCCAAUUGCAAAUGGACUACGCUGGCCAGCGUGGGCAAGGAUAUCAUUGAGCAGGCGGAUGGCAUUAUUAUGCCACAUCAGUGGAUGGAGGGCAACCUGCCAGUUUCCUCGGUGUGUGCCGUGUGCAAGAAGACCUGCGGUUCGGUGCUACGGCUUCAGGACUGGCGAUGCCUUUGGUGCCGAGCCACCUGCCACGUGGCCUGCCGCCCGCAGAUGGCGGUGGCCUGCCCCAUCGGUCCCGCCAAGCUAUCCGUGGUUCCACCAACCAGCGUCCACUCCAUCAGCACGGACGAUGCCUGGGACGUGGCCAGUCCCAAGGGCAACUUUUCGCCCCUGUUGGUAUUCGUGAACUCCAAGUCGGGCGAUAACCAGGGCGUCAAGUUCCUGAGGCGCUUCAAGCAGCUGCUGAAUCCAGCCCAGGUAUUCGAUCUCAUCUCCACGGGGCCAAGCCUGGGACUGCGGCUCUUCCGGCACUUUGAAAUGUUCCGCAUUCUGGUCUGCUCCGGCGACGGUUCCGUGGGCUGGGUGCUCAGCGAAAUUGACCGCUUCAACAUGCAUAAACAAUGUCAGGUGGCCGUGAUGCCACUGGGAACUGGCAACGACCUGGCUAGGGUUUUGGGCUGGGGCUCCAGCUGUGACGAUGAUACCCACCUUCCGCAGAUCCUGGAGCGGUACGAGUCGGCCAGUACCAAGAUGCUGGACCGCUGGAGUAUAAUGGUCUUCGAAAAGGCCAUUGCCGUGCCCAAGACGCCCAAGAUGUCGAUCACCACGGAGCAGGAGGCACUGCUCACUGGGAUGGUGACUUCGGCCAAUCAUCACCUGCGCUUCAUAGUGGAGACCAACGACACUCAGACUCUGAUUAGCUCUACGCGGAAUCUCUGCGACACUGUCGACGAUCUGGUAGCCCGCAUCUCGGAACACCACAAGGAAGACGAGCAGCUGGCGGUCAAGUGCGACAUCCUGAAGCAGAAGCUAAACAUGCUGCUGGACGCACUGCAGGAGGAGGAGAUGGGCGCUCACAGUGGCGACGACUUGAUAGCCACCAUUAGGAGUCUGAUUGCCAGAAGCAUUCCGCUGACACCAGGAACCAGUGCAUCCCUGCUCAAUCCAAACAUAUCAAUCGAGAAAACCGAGAAGGACCAGAUCAACUCGAAGGAGCGCAGGAACAGCCGAUCCCUUCGCUCCAGCGAAAAGGAGGCGCUCCAGUGCCGUGCCAACAGCGUCAAGCGUGCCAUCUACAAUGUGGUGGAGCACUCUGAGCCAGGACGACCAAAGCGGUACCAACGCAAGCUCUCGAUUACGCCCUUUGAGGCACUGAAGCUGCCCACCACCAAUUCCGGCGAGUCGACUCCCUGCAGUUCCCCCUUGCCUAUUAUUCCCCCGAUCAACAUCAUCUCGCCGACGAUGGAGACCUCUCGACUCACCUGCAUUUCCCCGCUGCCGGAUACGCGACGUGACUCUGUGGACGAGAGCUUCUUCAACAGCAUCAGUCUGCCGGCUCCGAGACAAUUCGCUGAUAGUCGCAGGAGCUCCGGAGUGGAGGUGAUCCAGGAGAUCGAGGAAGGUGCAAACGGGGAGACAGUGUACCGCAGGAGUCGCAUGUCUCUGAGCGGCGGCGCCAAUAUCGAUGAUGCUGGCAAUCGGUUGUCACCAAGCAGUGAUGGCGGCGAGAACACGCCCACCGACCGCAAGGUGGACUUCCUUCGGGUGCCGAUCCUCACCGGUGAACCGAUUGUGGAUCCUCUGUCCGACUACCGACCCAUCGAGGUGUUCGAACGCACCUACUACAUGACACGAGAGAUGGAUAAGGACAAGGACAAGGAUAAGGACAAGGACCAGGACAAGGAGAAGGAAGUGGAGAAGGAGGACAGUAUGCCCACCGAGAAGCAGGCCCUGGUACAUACUUGUAACCUGCAGGUACCCGGCAUUGUCGUUACCCCCAACUCCCAAAAUGUAUACACAAGCGCCAGUCUAACAAUCAUUGAUACCGAUGCACAGACCACCACCGAGCAGUCCUCCUCCGAUGAUUUGGGAGGUGAGGCCAGCGAUGUCCUGUCAGCCAUUAGCAACGAGGAGUGUAGCGUGGCCUCCGAGAUAUUCGAUAAACAGGAUGCUGGUCAGACUUUGGGAGAUAUUAUUCAGAACCUGGAUGCCAGCAACUUUACGCACAUCGAUUCACCCGAGACCAGUGAUGAGACAGAGGCAAUGCCUGGCGAGAGCAUCAUGGAUGAUAUUAGCUCGGUUCUGGGCCAUGACAUUACCUAUGCCCUGCAGGACAGUACCCUGACCGAUGACACCACCACGCUCUGCUCGGAGCACAUGGGUCCUGCCAAGCCACCGCGCAAGAAGUCCCUCAACGCCCUGGGCCACUCGCAUUCAGGUGUGCAUCCACGCAGGCGCAACUCCUCGCCGCCGAGGAUGCCUCGACUGGCACGCAUGGACAGUGACGACAAUCCGCAACAGUUUGGGUUCGAGAACAUCGUCUUCGAGAUCGACAAUCGGUGCGAUGACCAGAAGAUGCGGGAGCCACCGCGCUACUGCAGCCUGGCGCAGUUCGUGGAAGGUAACGAUAUAGCGCGUCAGAGCUUUAAGCGUCCCAAAAAGCGCAUCUCUUUGAAAAUGAAAACCACUUCAACCAAUGCAAUCGUAUCUCAACAGCAGCUAAUGCUAGAUCAACAUCGAAGCAGCGACAACGAUAACGGAAACGGAGCCGGAACCGGAAGUGGGAUUAGUAACGAUCCCGAUAACGAUAACGAUGACCCCGAUGCCCUGCAAACGCCGACGAAUAACCCGGCCAAGCUAUUGGCCACCACCAGCGAGGACGAGCUGUCCACGCAGACGGCCAUUAAAAUAGAAAUUCAAGACGUUGAUGCCACUGUGCGCAACGCGACUAUCCACGGCAAUAGCAACUCCAUUUUGACCACGUCGACAUCGCCCACCAAGAAAUCGGGCCAUGGACAAGAUGUAAAGCGCAUUACUUUUGAUGAGUCGUGUAAGAAAGAAUCCUUUGAUGAUGUAAAUCCCAACUAUCCACAGAUAAGUGUUGUUGUGAGGCCGCCGACGCCGUUGCGCGGCGACUCCGUCAAGCCGUCGGGUGCAGGUGCCGGGGCGCUGCUGCCGGGCGGAGCCAUGUCCGGCGGCGCCAUGUCCAUGUCAGUGUCCAUGGCCUGUUCCGGUUUGCUGGGGGUGCGGGCAAUGAACGCCUCCGAGAUCAGGCGCCACUCGAGCCACGCCCCCGGGCUAGCUGUCCGUGAGUUCGACAAGGACAAGGAUCGCCGUCACUCGGGCUUCAAUCCCAACCAGCUCACGCUGGACCCGGAGCACGCGCGUUUCCUCAGCAGCUCGCCGGCAGCCAGUCGCCGGAUCAGCUGCGGCAGCCUCUUCAAGCCGAACGAAGCACUCCCGAACCUCCAGACCCUCAAGGGCUCCAAGUCGAGCCUUUUCAUGGGCUCCACCCUGUUCGGCUUCGACCACUUCUCCGCCGGGGACAAGGAUAAGGAGGAGAAGACCGGCAAGGACAAAGAGAAGACGCCCACCGAGGAGACCAAUCGCAAGUUGCCCAUCAUCAAUCCCUUGGUGCGGCUACCCAACUGGCCAAAUCUUGCCAAUGGCGGUGGAUUCAUAUCCAAAUGUCUGCUGGCCAAUGCCGAUACUCUCUGUGCCGCUGUCAGUCCCUUGAUGGAUCCGGACGAGACUCUCCUGGCCGGUUACCACGAGAAGUGUGUGAUGAACAACUACUUUGGCAUUGGCAUCGAUGCCAAAAUCUCGCUGGAUUUCCACAACAAGCGGGAGGAGCAUCCGGAAAAGUGCCGUUCCAGGGCAAGAAACUACAUGUGGUACGGAGUCCUGGGAUCCAAGCAGCUCCUGCAGAAGACCUGCAAGAAUCUGGAGCAACGCGUGCAGCUUGAGUGCGAUGGCCAGCGGAUUCCUCUGCCGGAACUCCAGGGCAUUGUUAUCCUUAAUAUACCAAGCUUCAUGGGCGGCACCAACUUCUGGGGCAGUAGCAAGAAGGACGACAUCUUCCUGCCGCCGAGUUUCGACGAUCGUGUCCUCGAAGUGGUGGCCGUAUUCGGAUCCGUACAGAUGGCUGCCUCCCGGCUGAUCAAUCUGCAGCAUCACCGAAUCGCACAGUGCCAGAGCGUGCAAAUCAACAUCCUGGGCGACGAAGAAAUCCCCAUCCAGGUGGACGGUGAGGCCUGGCUACAGCCACCGGGAAUGAUCCGUAUUCUCCACAAGAACCGUGUACAGAUGCUGUGCCGCAACCGAAGCUUGGAACUCUCACUGAAGAGCUGGCAGGAAAAGCAACGUCAGCACAGCAUCUCUAUCCAAAGGGAUGCUUCUUCCACGGCUUCGGAACACGCCGCCUCCACGGACGAGGUCAUCUCCGAACGGGAAUGCUAUGUGCUCCUAAACUUUAUCGAGGCCGUUAGCUCUCUGGUCAAGUGGGUUAAGUUCCUGAUCAUCUCGCAUCCCGCCCUGCAGCACGAUCUGUAUGAGGUGGCCUGCCGGGCCAGUGAGGCAUUGGAAUCCAUUCAUCCGCAAGGCAAGCUCCUCGAAGGUCCUUCGUUGCGCACCAAGUUGGUGGAAGUCAUCGAUUCCUCGCGCCAGCUGUACGACGAUGCUUGUACCCUGCUCCGAGAUCGAGGUCAUAGCCUGAUCCUGCGAGAGGACCUGGAGACCAAGCUGAGCGCAGCCCUGGCCAACAUGGAGAUGGAGCUGAAGAAGUGUUCCGUGCAGAAGUGCAUCGAUGGCAAGCUGCGGGCCUACUUUAAUGUCUUGGCACCGAAUGAGGAUCCCGAUGGUCGCCGGAAGUCUCGACCCUUCUGGGUGCGUCUCCGCUCUGGCUCCACCGCUGGCCAGCAGGCCUUUAAGCCACCGCUUACCAACACCCGCGAGGCGGCCAACAACUGGAGCGUCAACGAGGUGGUCACCUGGCUGGAGACAAUGCAGCUGUCCGAGUACGUGGACAGUUUCCUUAAGAAUGACAUCCGUGGCAAGGAGCUGCUCACUCUGGGGCGCCGUGACCUCAAGGAUCUGGGUGUAGUCAAGGUGGGCCACGUCAAGCGGAUACUGCAGGCCAUCAAGGACCUCAGCGAGAACUAGAGGGAGCCAGUUCAUCCUGCGGACAACCGGCUAGUACAAACCAAUCAGUCUUCGAAUCGCACUCUUAGAGUUGAGGGGUAUUAAUAUAUGCGUUGUAUAGUUGUAAGCGAGCUGCGGGAAAGUACGUUUUUUUAUGGGACGACAAAUGCAUACAACAAUCACUAAUUUAUAGGGUAGCUUAGCUAACGAAAAACACACUUGUCGCGGCAGGGGAAAUGAGCGAUCGAUCACAACUAAGCUGACGUGGAUCAGUUUCGGUUGGAUUAAUUCAGAAAAACUCUACGAUAACAAUAUUACUAUAGCAAGUACCAUUAAGCAUAACUGAUCCGACAAACUGAAGGGGAUUUACAUAUUUGAGUGGCAGAGAAUCGAAGGAUUCCUAAACAUUUGAAAUUGAUUUUCAUGGUUUUGCGUACUUACUAUAUGUUAAAUUCAGACAAAACACUACAAAUCGGCGGUUAAACGAAUUUAAACGUAGUAGCACUUGCGAUAACUAUACCAAAAAAAAACAAAAAUACAAAGACAGAAUUAGAUCAUAAGUGUUUAACUCUCAACUUACGCUUAUAUUAAAGAAACUUAACAAACAAAAAAUCCCGAUCGAAUCUAAAGAACCCAAUUAAAAUCCCAAGUAACCGACUAACCCUAUGAUUCUAAAUUUAUAAGCAAUUUAAAUUUUACAACAUUAACGGAGCAUGGAAACGGCUAAACCAAAAUCAUUCUCAAAAAAAUUAUGAAUUGUAUUUAUACACACAUACCUAUACAUUGAUAUUCGAAACUAAAUUUAAAUGUUUCCCCCACUGUAUUGUUGAAUCGGAAUGAUUAUUAACAUUAUGUAUAUGCAUGGGCGGGAAUCGAAACUCGUAAUUGCAACAAUGAAAAGUCUGUUAAACGUGUCAUUUUUUGUGGUAACCAAAAGCAACUCUAACUUGUUUAUUUAAAUGAAUUUAGUUGAUAAGUCCACGAUGUUUUUUCAAGCAUAAGUUUAGGUAAGAUCCCCCGGUGGUCCCGGUGCCGGCUGCUGGGACCCGGGAAAAUUCAUUUGGUACUAUAUACAAGCAUAUGGAAAAUCUUAGCUAGCAUUCAGAACACCGAGUUAGGUGUAUGAAACCUUUUUGGUAUACCUUUUAAUUGUUUAAAUUUAAGCAAAACCAAGUGAAAACCAACCACUUUUAUCAAAACAUUAAAGUGUUAGGAAUGAAAUUGUGCUAAAUUUUUAUAGAUAUCAACAUUCGUUUAUGUUUACUCCCUAUCAAUCUAGCUCCCAAACUCUCUAUCUGUAAUGGAACAUAUAAAUAUAGCUGCAUAUGAGUAGGUUUAGAGCGUCCGCCGAUCUAUCUGACCCCUAAAUAUGUUGCCCAUUCUCAAAUGUUUGCUCAAGUUGCCUCCAAUUGAGUGAGUUUUUGAAGUGGCAUUGCUCUAGGCGAGCGUAGUCUAUAACAAAUCACUUGAGCGACGUCUAUAAAUUAUAUUUUUUGAUAUAUAAGUAUAAAUGAGCCCAGACCAACUCGAUUGAUUUGUUGUGAUCCCAACCGGAAACUUCUUUCCAAACUGCACCAGUAGCAAUCCAAUGAUUUCGAAAUAUUUUGACACACAUUUACGAAGCUAUUUACGCUUACGAACAACAUAAAUGAUAAUUAGAGUUAGAAUACGAUAUAAUACAAAUCCUUUGAUAUGAUAUGACAGAUAACAUAUAAAGUAAUUAAAAACACAUUGAAACAUUUUUUCGACACAUGUAUUUUCGAGCAAACUUUAAGCGAAUUAAAACCAAAAUUAAACUAAAUAAUAUAAAAAUGAAAAGGAGAAGUA